GGCAAGUCCCCGGGGCUCACGGACUACGCCUAACCUGCUUAGAGAGUUCCAUCCAGCCUAGUGCCAGACCUUGCCUCAAAAGCAAAACGGGCUGACAGGUCAGCUGAGUGGGUGAAGGCACCUGCUGCUGAUCUGAUGACCUGAGUUUGAUUCCAGAGACUCACACAGUGAAGGGAGAGAGCGGACUCCUGGAAGUUGUCUUCUGACCUCUGCACAAGCAUCAGGGCACCCACCUCCAACCCCCCCCCAAAUAUAUAAACGUUUAAAAUAAAAAGAAGAAGCUGUCUGUAGGCACCAUGUCAGACCCCGAAGGUGGCAAAAAGAAGCCCCUGAAACAGCCCAAGAAGCAGGCCAAGGAGAUGGACAAGGAAGAUGAGGCUUUCGAGCAGAAACAGAAAGAGGAGCUAAAAGCCAAGGCCACGGGCAAGGGACCCCUGGCCACAGGCGGAAUUAAGAAAUCUGGCAAAAAGUAAGCUGUUCCUCAUAUUUGAGAUGAUGGUGACCCUCUUCCCUUCCUAUUUAAACAUCUGGAUUCCCUGCCAUAACAUCUUUGCCACCUACAGCUAGAAUGAAGUGUUACCCUGGAGCCUGUUG